AAAAUCCAUUAUUACACUAUUACAGUUCUAGAUUUAGAUUUAGGCGGAGCUUUCAAGUCACUUACUAUAACACCUCCCUCGUUUCCAUCGACACCCAUCCAACUACAUCUUCUCUUCAAAACCCCCCACUCCAUUCCAUUUCAUUCCAUUCCAUUGCAUUGUUCCUUCCUUCUCUCAAUUCAUUCACCAAUAUUCCAUUGAUAAAAAUGGAAGCAACAAUGUCGGCGUGCAAGUCUCUUACCUCACCUUCCACCGUUCCCGUCACAGGUUUAUUUGCGGUGAGAGGAGGAGGAAUCAAGAGUUCGCAUUCACAGUGCAGUUUCUUAACGGGAACUAACAAGGUGAAGUUUCCGAGGCAAACUACUCAACCUUGUAAACACCGUCAAACGCGUCAUUGUGGUGCUCUUCGUGCGACUUGUCGUGCAGAUAAGAUUCUGAUCGCGAAUAGAGGUGAAAUUGCGGUUCGUAUUAUUCGUACUGCUCAUGAAUUGGGGAUUCCGUGUGUCGCUGUUUAUUCCACCGUUGAUAAGGAUGCUCUUCAUGUUAAAUUGGCUGAUGAAUCUGUUUGCAUUGGUGAAGCUCCUAGUAGUCAAUCGUAUUUACUGAUUCCAAAUGUUCUGGCUGCUGCAAUUAGCCGACAAUGCACAAUGUUGCAUCCUGGAUAUGGUUUUCUUGCUGAGAAUGCAGUGUUUGUUGACAUGUGUAGAGAACAUGGAAUCAAUUUUAUUGGGCCUAAUCCUGAUAGUAUUCGGGUUAUGGGUGAUAAAGCAACUGCCAGAGAGACCAUGAAGAAAGCAAACGUUCCUACUGUUCCAGGAAGUGAUGGGCUUUUGCAGACCACUGAAGAAGCUAUCAGGGUGGCACACGAAAUUGGUUUCCCUGUGAUGAUCAAGGCAACCGCAGGUGGUGGAGGUCGUGGUAUGCGUCUUGCUAAAGAACCUGAAGAGUUUGUGAAGUUAUUACAGCAAGCUAAGAGCGAGGCAGCUGCUGCAUUUGGAAAUGAUGGGGUUUAUUUGGAGAAGUACAUUCAAAACCCAAGGCACAUUGAGUUCCAGGUUCUUGCAGAUAAAUAUGGUAAUGUUGUUCACUUUGGAGAACGUGAUUGCAGUAUCCAGAGGCGUAACCAGAAACUGCUUGAAGAAGCACCAUCUCCUGCAUUGACCCCAGAGUUACGGAAGGCAAUGGGAGAUGCAGCAGUUGCUGCAGCCGCAUCUAUUGGUUACAUAGGUGUUGGAACGGUUGAGUUCCUUUUGGAUGAAAGGGGUUCUUUUUACUUCAUGGAGAUGAACACUCGUAUCCAGGUUGAACAUCCUGUGACAGAAAUGAUUUCCUCUGUUGAUUUGAUAGAAGAGCAAAUUCGUGUAGCUAUGGGAGAAAAGCUUCGAUACACUCAGGAGGAUAUUGUGCUCAGAGGACAUUCUAUUGAAUGCCGUAUCAAUGCAGAAGAUGCUUUUAAGGGAUUUAGACCAGGGCCAGGUAGAAUUACAGCAUACUUGCCCUCUGGAGGUCCAUUUGUCAGAAUGGAUAGUCACAUUUACCCGGAUUAUGUUGUUCCUCCAAGCUAUGAUUCUCUUCUUGGAAAGCUGAUUGUAUGGGCUCCGACUAGGGAAAAAGCAAUUGAACGCAUGAAAAGGGCACUCGAUGACACUAUUAUCACAGGAGUUCCAACAACAAUUGAUUAUCAUAAACUUAUCCUUGACAUAGAGGAUUUCAAAAAUGGCAAGGUUGAUACUGCUUUCAUUCCAAAGCAUGAGGAAGAGUUGGCUGUGCCCCCGCAGCAGAAGAUGGUAUUAGUUAACAAGGUGACAAAACUAACUGGCUCGACAGCCUGAUGGACAUGACUAUGUGAUGCCACCCAUAUGAAGAAUUUGCUUUGUUGUAAUCAACGUGGUCGGUGCAUGCUUGUGAAAGUUCUAAUGAAAUUUUGAUGAUUGGUGUCCCACAAUUCUCUGUUCAAUAAUUAUAUUGUUAAAUGAAUUAAUUAAUUUUAUGUUUGUUUAUUGUCCCAAAUAUUAGUGCAAGGUUAUGGGAUUUUACAAUGGUUAUUAUUUUAGAGGAUCUGUCUCAUUUCAUGUUUGUAAUUCUUGUAAUAAGAACACAAUUUUAGAUAGAGUAAUAAACUAGACCUUAUCGUAGCAAGUUGGGUUUGAGACACGCUUCUAUUA